GGUUAUAAAGCUCUGGCUUCAGCUCUGAGAUCAAACCCUUCACACCUGACAGAGCUGGAUCUCACAGGAAAUGAUCCUGGACAAUCAGGAGUGAAGGAGUUCAAACUAUUACUACAGGAUGAACGCUAUAAAUUCACCAUCAGGUUUUUGAAAAGUCCUGCUGCAGAGGAAGCGUGUGAAUAUCUUACUAAAAUUCUGAAAAUAAGUCCAUUACAUCUGACAGAACUGGAUCUGAGUCAAGAUAAAAUAGGAGACCUGGAUGGGUUGAAUCUCUCUGCUCUUUUGAUGGACUCUCAUUGCAAAGUAGAGAAAAUAAAGCUGAAUAAUUGUAAACUGACAGAGAAAAGUUGUCAAGUUCUAGCUAAUGUUCUCUCUUCCAAAACAAUCCUGAAAGAGAUGAACCUGAACAACAGUCGUCUGCUGGACUCAGGAUUUAAAAAGAUCUGUGAGGGACUGAAGAAACCUGUGUGUGAGCUGAAGAUACUGAGACUUUCAAACUGUGGUAUCACUGAAGAUGGUUAUAAAUCUCUGGCUUCAGCGCUGAAAUCAAACCCUUCACACCUGAUAGAGCUGGAUCUCACAGGAAAUGAACCUGGACAAUCAGGAGUGAAGGAGCUCAAUGAUUUACUACAGGAUCCAAACUGUCAACUGAAGACACUGAGGUUGUUACAAAGUCCUGAUGCAGUAGAAGCCUGUAAAUAUCUGAAUGAUGUUCUUCACUUAAAAGACCCAUUACUCCAGAGGGAGUUUAAUCUGAGUGGACAUAAACUAGGAGACACACGAGUGAAUCAGAUCGCUGCUCUACUGCAGGAUAAACACUGUAAAAUCAGCACACUUAAGCUGUGUGAUUGUGGUCUAACACAGAGAAGCUGUUCAGCUCUCGCUACAGUCCUGAGAUCAAACUCUAGUCUGAAAGAGCUUGACAUGAGCAACAAUAAUCUGCAGAAUUUAGGAGUGAUGAAACUCCAGACUGGAUUAAAAAAUACAAACUGCAAACUGGAGACACUCAAACUUUCAAACUGCAGUAUCACUGAAGAAGGUUAUAAAACUCUGGCUACAGCUCUGAGAUCAAACCCUUCACACCUGAUAGAGCUGGAUCUCACAGGAAAUGAUCCUGGACAAUCAGGAGUGAAGGAGCUCAGUGAUGUCCAACAGAUUCAAAACUGUAAACUGGAGACACUGAGGUUUUUGGGUCCUGCUGCAGAUGAAGCCUGUCAGUAUGUGAAAGGAAUAGUGGGUAAAAAUCCAUUACUCCUGAGAGAGCUGAAUCUGAGUGGUCAUGAACUAGGGGACACACAAGUGAAGCAGAUAACUGCUCUACUGCAGGAUAAACACUGUCAAUUCAACACACUGACUCUUUGUGGAUGCAGUAUUACAGAGAAACAGUGUCUCAUCCUGACUUCAGCUCUGUGUUCAAACCUUCCACACCUGAGAGAGCUGGACCUCAGUGGCAAUAAAAUAAAAAACAAAGGAGUGAAGCAGGUAUCUGAAUUACUGAUGGACGUACGCUGUAAACUGGAGAGACUGAGGUUAAGAGUCUGUGAUAUUACAGAUGAAGGUUGUUCUGCUGUGACUUCAGCUCUGAAAUCAAACCCAUUACACCUGAGAGAGCUGGACCUCAGUGGCAAUAAAAUAAAAAACAAAGGAGUGAAGCACUUAUCUGAAAUACUGAUGGAUGUACGCUGGAAAAUGGAGAGACUGAUGUUAAGAGGCUGUGAAAUGACAGGUGACGGUUGUUCUGCUGUGACCUCAGCUCUGAAAUCAAACCCAUCACACCUGAGAGAGCUGGACCUGAGUGGGAAUGUACUUGGAGACUCUGGAUUUGAAAACCUUGGUGUUCUGUUGAGGAACCCACAAUGCAAGCUGGAAAAACUACAUCUGUGUAAAUGCAGUAUUAAAGAGAAGCAGUGUGCCAUCCUGACUACAGCUCUGAAAUCAAACCCAUCACACCUGAGAGAGCUGGACCUCAGUGGGAAUGAACUAAAAUACAAAAGACUGAGGCAUUUUAAUGAUUUACUGAAGGAUUCACACUGUGAACUGGAGAGAUUGAGGUUAAGAUACUGUGAAAUGACAGAUGAAGGUUGUUCUGAACUGACUUCAGCUCUGAAAUCAAAUCCAUCACACCUGAGAGAGCUGAACCUGAGUGGAAAUCAACUAGGGGACUCUGGAGUUGAAAAACUUGGGCUUCUACUGAGCAGUUCACAAUGCAAGCUGGAAAAACUACAUCUGUGUAAAUGCAGUAUUACAGAGAAACAGUGUCUCAUCCUGACUUCAGCUCUGAAAUUGAACCCAUCACACCUGACAGAGCUUGACUUCAGUGGGAAUAAAAUAGAAAACAAAGGAUUGGAGUUCUUGUGUGAUAUACUGAAGGAUUCACACUCUAAACUGGAGAGACUGAGUCUAAAUGACUGUGGCAUUACAGAUGUUGCUUGUUUGGCUCAGUCUCUGGCAAAAACAAAAGCAUUGCAGUUUUUAAAAGAGCUUAAUCUAAGUAAAAAUAGCAUUGGAUACUCCAAGAACCAGCUCACUGAUGUGCUACGAGACUCAAACUGUAAACUGAGCCUUGAGAAAGAACAUUCACUCUGGAUUGCUGGUGUAAAGUACAGUAGUGGAUGGUUUAUGGGGUCAAAAGCUCAGGAACUUGUGGAAUCAACAGAACAAGAACCAUCAGAUGAGGAACCCUCAGAAGGUUCUCACUUUUAGUACUGUAAUAAAUCAAUAUGUGUGGUGGUAAUUUUGGUGAUAUUUUGCUAAAUGGCAAGUAAUAAAUACAAACAGUACCAAACUUACAGCUACUACAGCUUCAAAUAGCACUGCUUUAACAAAUCUAAA